CAGUUAAUAGUAUCAAUCGAGAAGUUUGUUGUUACAUAUUACAUACUUCGCGAUUUGUGGAGCGUUGGAUUUUCAUGCAUUCAGCCAGCCAUGCAGUAUUCUGACCGUUACAUGGUGAUGCUGGAUUAAAUGUUACAUCAGAAAAUCUGAAAAUGCCUUAUCUGCUCCUCACUAAAACAGGCGACAGGCCACAAGUAAUCACUAUAGAAGAGGGCACAGAUGAUCAAGUGGAAGUUUAUGGAUAUUCUGAAAGUCCAUGCAAGAAAUGCCUUUACAAUGUUGGUAUAUUCCUCAGCUGUGGUUUAUUAUUAUUGAUAUUCAGAUGGCGACCUGCAUGGAAGGUUAGAAUGACUUGCACGCCAUGCAGUGUGUCUACAGCCACUGUACUUAUUCUGAAAGAUCUCCAUGGUAGCUUGAAUGUAUUAAAAGUAAAAGUUGAGCCUGUUAAAGCAACACUACCUCCAGAGCUUGUAUAUUCCAGAUCACUUUCAUCUAUAAGUAAUCAUCAACAUGAUGCCAUGAACUUCAAUUAUUCUCCGGCCAGUUCUUAUCGCCAUUUCAUCCAUAACUGUGUAAAAUUUGUGUGGGAUAGUAAAAUUGCUUGUUUCAAAAGGCUAAGGGGUUAUGACCAGGGCUUGAUCUGCUCAGACUUUUAUGAAAAAUUCCAUGGCCUUCUAGCUAUAGAAGAAAAAGAAAGACGGGAAAUUUAUGGACCAAAUUGCAUUGAUGUAGAAGUCAAGUCAUAUUUUCGUCUGUUUUUUGAUGAGGUGCUAAAUCCCUUUUACAUCUUCCAAGUUCUCAGUGUAACUCUAUGGCUUUUGGACAAUUAUGUGUAUUAUGCUGCUUGCAUUCUAGUCAUUACUUUGAUCUCAAUUGCUGUAUCAUUAUAUGAAACCAAAAGACAACGUAUAGUUUUAAGAGAUAUGGUAGCUCAUUCUAAUGCUGUAGAAGUUACUGUUCGGAGGCAAGAUGGAGUAUUUGAAGAUAUACCAGCUGCUGACCUUGUACCUGGAGAUGUUAUAGUUAUACCAGAGCAUGGUUGCCUGAUGGCAUGUGAUGCUGUAUUAAUUGCUGGUAAUUGCAUUGUCAAUGAAAGCAUGUUGACAGGUGAAAGUAUACCUGAAACAAAAACACCUCUAACAAAACAUGAUGAUGAAAUUUAUACCCCUCUUGUUCACAAACGACAUACCCUUUUUUGUGGAACUCAAGUUAUCCAGACAAGGUAUUAUCAGAAUAACAAAGUUUUAGCUGUUGUUGUGAGAACUGGCUUUUCUACUGCCAAAGGAGAACUGGUGCGUUCUAUCCUCUUUCCCAAGCCUAUGGGAUUCAAGUUUUACAAAGAUGCUAUAAAAUUUGUUGGAUUGCUUGCUUUCAUAUCUGUGGCAGGAAUGGGCUAUUCUAUGUAUUGUUAUAUAAUCAGGGGUUCCUCGUGGUCUGAAAUGCUUAUUCGAGCUUUAGACAUCAUAACAAUUGUUGUUCCUCCAGCCUUACCUGCAGCCAUGACUAUAGGAACUGUGUAUGCUCAAAACAGACUAAAAAAGCAAGGAAUUUUUUGCAUUAGUCCCCCCAGAAUCAAUGUUGGAGGAAAACUAAAAUUGAUAUGCUUUGACAAGACUGGGACAUUGACAGAAGAAGGUUUGGAUUUAUGGGGUAUUAUUCCAUCUGUUGAAGGAAAAUUUAAGAAUCUAGAACAUGAUGCUAGUGCAUUGUCUAACUAUGAUGCCUUAAAAGUUGCUAUGGCCUCUUGCCAUUCUCUCACAGUGAUAGAAAAUGAACUGCGGGGUGAUCCUUUGGAUUUGAAGAUGUUUUUGGCUACGAAAUGGGAAAUGGAAGAACCAGGUGCUGAUACAACUAAAUUUGAUCUGUUGAAUCCUACUGUUGUGCGUCCACCUGCUGUUGAUUCUAGUAAAAGCUCUGGCAAUGGUUUGGAUGCUGGCGAUAUACUGCCUUUGAAUGAACCUGGCUUAGAGGAUGAUUCACUGAGUUUUCCUUUGUCACCAACAAAAGAAAGUUCACUACUUGAUGAGAUUCCAUAUGAGGUUGGCAUCAUUCGCCAGUUUCCAUUUUCUUCUGGACUACAGCGGAUGAGUGUGAUAUGUAGGACUCUAGGAUCAAAGCACAUGGAUUUAUAUUGCAAAGGUGCUCCUGAAAAAAUAUCAUCAUUGUGCCUUUCUGAAACAGUGCCUGAAACAUUUCCGGAGUUGUUGAAAGAUUAUGCUUUGCAAGGUUACAGAGUUAUAGCAUUGGCUUAUCGCAAAUUAGAUCCAAAGCUAAGUUGGCAUCAUGCUCAAAAAAUUAAACGUGAUCAAGUUGAGAAAGAUUUGACAUUCUUGGGGUUGUUAAUAAUGCAGAAUACAUUAAAGCCUGAAACUACACCUGUUAUAAAGGUUUUGCAAGAUGCAAAAAUAAGAUGUGUUAUGGUCACAGGAGAUAAUAUAAUGACAGCAAUGAGUGUAGCCCGAGAUUGCAAUAUGAUCCCAGGAACAGACAAAAUAAUGAUUAUCAAGGGCACUCCUAGUGAUUACGAGAAACCAGCUCAUUUAUAUUUUGAGUAUGCUGAAACUCCAUGUAUGCGAAAUUCAGAUUCUACUAUUUCGGAAGCAGUUUCAGUUGGAAGUUGCAGUCCCAUGCUGGACAAAGUUGUUAAUUCCAAGAAUCAUUACCACUUUGUUUUGGAUGGGAAAGCUUUUGCUGUUAUGAGAACUUACUUUCCUGAAGUAUUUCCAAAAGUUUUGCUUCGAGGAACAGUAUUUGCAAGAAUGGCUCCUGAUCAGAAAACUCAGCUUGUAGAAGCUCUACAAGAAAUAAAUUACGUAGUUGGAAUGUGUGGAGAUGGUGCAAACGAUUGUGGGGCCUUAAAAGCUGCUGAUGUUGGGAUUUCACUUUCUGAAGCAGAAGCAUCCGUUGCUGCUCCAUUCACUUCCCACAUUCCAAAUAUCAGAUGUGUUCCAAUUGUAAUCAGGGAAGGACGCUGUGCACUAGUGACAUCAUUUUCUACAUUUAAAUUUAUUGCAUUGUACAGUUUAACACAAUUCAUCUCUGUUCUUAUAUUAUAUACUGUUGAUACAAAUUUAACUGAUCAAAUGUUUCUGUAUAUUGAUUUGGGAGUUAUUACCAUUCUGGCUGUUGUGAUGGGCUAUACAAAAGCAUAUGAAAAACUGGUACCUCAGCGUCCUCGCAGUAGUCUUAUUAGUGUUCCCAAUGUUGUGUCUCUGGUGGCGCAAGUGUUAUUUAUUUCUUUAAUUCAAAUAGGAUGUCUAAUAUUUCUACAAAUUCAAAAGUGGUAUGAACCAGUACAUACGGAGGAGGCAAUAUUUCCUUGUUGGGAAAACACAACAAUAUUCUUAGUCUCAUGCUUUCAGUAUAUCAUCAUAGCUCUUAUAGUUUCAGAUGGUCCUCCAUAUCGAAAACAUUUUUUCACCAAUUAUUUAUAUCUUUGGUCAUUAGCAAUUUUAACAGCAUUUACAACAUUAUUAUAUUUUAAUCCAUUUGAGCUUCUGGCGUCUGUUAUGGGUCUGGUGAAAUGGCAGCCUAAUCAACAUUUUAUGUUUAGAGUUACUUUACUUAUGAUUGUUGGGUGCAACCUAUUUCUUGCUCUAGCAUUUGAGAUGUUGGUUUCAAAAAGUCGCUGGUUACGAUGGUUGGUGCGUUUCAUUAAGAACAAGAAGGAACCUAAAAAUGAAUUCAAGAGAAUUGAAAAGGCUAUAUCAGAAGAUUAUUUAUGGCCUCCCACAGACAAACCUAUUUAUGCAUCUGGUCCAAUAUUGAUAGGCCACUGACAAUUACUAAGUCAUAGUGCCUUUAGCUUUUCAAUUCAUCUUACAUUAACGUUUUUACCAAAACAUACAAAGAAACAAAUUUUGUGCAUCAUAUUUUCAUACACUCUAUUGUCCAUAUUUGGAUCUCUGAAGUUCUGUUUGUAUUAUAGUUGAUACGGUUAGUGGUGAUUGUUUUAUAUUGGCGCUUUACUUAAGUAUUACUCUAAUUAGAAUAUGUUGAUUUUGUUAGUAAUUAUAAAAUGAGGUUUUUAAAUUGUGAAUUAUUACUUUCAUUUACAUUGAAUGUAACAGCAAUAAUUUUUUUCAUCUGUGUUCUCAAAUUUUGUAUUCUAUUAAAUCAUAAAAAUGGUAUUUUUAUAAAAUGAGAAAAUUUCAGCUUAAUUUGGUAUUGCAUUUCUUCUGUAUCACUGUGCAUAUGUUUUUGUAUAUUUAAGAUGCCAGCAUCAAAUUUUUUAACUGCUAGAGGAAAGGUUGAAAUGUUUAGCAGUCACCAAUAUAAGAACCAUAACCCUAUUCUGUAGUAAAGUUAAUGGGACCGAAGUUGUAAUUGUUUUCUUCAUUGCAUGUUUUAAACUAUUUGUACAUAGUUUUUAUGGAAUUGCUUUAGUUUUAUUUGCAGCACAUAUUUAUAUUAUUUCCUAAUGUGAUAUUGGUAUGAAUGAAAUUGUUUUGUCUUUUAGUGGUUUUAUAACACAAAAUUCUACUAAUUCACAAAUUUCUUUUAAAGUCCUUUUUUUAAUUUGAAUUUCUUGCCAAAGAAAAGUUUGUUAGAAAUUUAAAUAUGUGAUUUUUUAGCUGUUUAAUUGGAAAAUAAAUAGCCCCUUCUGAAAAGGGAAACAUAAUCACUUAUUGUUAAUAUGUUAUGAACCUGUAAAUGUUUGUUGCAAAAGCCAGGUUCAUUGUUUAAUCCAAUUAUUUAUUUCUCAUCCUUAGUAUUGUCUUGUUUGUUUCAAAAUGUAAUUUCUGGAAAAACAAUUUGCACCAAACUUUAGUCAUGGACGGUGAAAUGGCUGUUCCAUGUCAUUGAACUUAAAUUUGUGUUGUAAAUGUGAGAUAAGUAUUGUUAGAAGAAGAAAACAUAUUUGUAAAAUAUACAACAGACCUAGAUGAGUCUAAUAGAUUUUGUUGUGGGGCUGCUGUGUUUUGUAAAUAAAAUUAAAUAGAAAAAAUGGC